AUGAAGCCGUCCGUUCUUUACGCCGUUUUCGGCACUUCUGCCCUCCUCAAUGCUGGAAGCUAUGCCAGCUCCUCGCAUCAGAGAUCGCACAAGGCUCAUAGGCGGCUUUCCCACCUGAACCAUUCUCGCGCCCAUCUUCACUCACGUGCUGAGUCGGACACCCUCGUCAAGCGGGGAACCUGCGCCUUUCCCACCGACGACCCCGACCUCGUUGCCAUCACGCCUCACAUGAAGAAUGCUGGGUGGGCAAUGAGCCCCGAUCAAGAGUGCAAGCCAGGCCACUAUUGCCCUAUUGCUUGCAAGCCGGGCAUGGUCAUGGCGCAAUGGGACCCUGAUUCGACGUACACUUAUCCCGCCUCUAUGAACGGCGGGCUGUACUGCGAUCAGAAUGGCAAUGUGAAGAAACCGUUUCCCGACAAGCCAAACUGCGUUCAUGGAACUGGUGCUGUCAAAGCUGUCAACAAGUGCGGUGGCGUCAUGUCGUGGUGUCAGACUGUUUUGCCUGGCAACGAGGCCAUGCUGAUUCCAACGGUUGUGUCGUCCGAAGCGGUAAUCGCUGUCCCGGGGCAAUCUUACUGGCAAAGCACUGCCGCCCACUACUACAUCAACCCGCCUGGCACUGGCCCAGAAGGCUGCCUCUGGGGUUCUCCUAUCCUGCCUAUUGGUAACUGGGGUAUUUACGUCGCUGGCGCCAACACGGAUGGAAACGGCAACACCUUUGUCAAGAUCGGCUACAAUCCCAUUUGGCAGUCAUCGAGUCUAGUCGCGACGAAGCCUUCCUUUGGUGUCAGGAUUGAAUGUCCCGAUGGAGGCUGUACCGGCUUGCCUUGCGAGAUCGACCCCACGUCCGCUACCUCUGGCACCGUCAAAAGCAAGCUGGCUGCCAUUGGCGCUGGCGGUGCCGCCUUUUGCGUCGUCACCGUCUCCAAGGGUUCGACUGCGCACAUUGUGUCCUUUGAUGGAUCCAACGGCAAGUCCGGUACCGUUUCCGAGGAAGGCAAGGAAAGCUCUUCUUCUUCUUCUUCUUCUUCUUCUUCUUCUUCUUCUCCUUCCCCGUCUCCUAAGCCCACCAGUACGCUUCAGCAUACAACGAGCACAACUCCCUCGACAACUUCAACACCCGGGACUACCACAACGAGUGAACCGACAUCGACGAGCACUCCUCAGACUACCUCUACCUUUUCGUCCUCGUCAACGUCGGCAUCUUCCGAGUCUUGGUCCUCUGAAGCUACGUCUUCCGAAUCCAUGUCUGAGCUUACGUCCUCGGGAUUGACGACGUCUUGGGCUUCUGCUACUCCAACGGUCAAUCCUGGCAUCUUUCGUGAGAACAGCACCUCCAUCUACAGCAUGACUGUGACGCCCCCAGUAUCUACCGAACCUGCGGCUCAGCCGACGGCACCGCCCCCUCCCAAGACGACUGACAAGGAGGGGGAAGCUGGUCGACAGCAAGGCAGCGCCGUGGCUGGACUUGUUGUGGCUCUCAUCGCCGCUGCUUGCCUACUUUAG